GUUCGGAGGCGGGGUCAACCGCGUUUGAGCUCUUCUGAGCAUGGUGUAAUUGUCAGGAGUCGGCUGUCAAGUGAUGAGAGCUCACGGACUGUAAGAUGGAAAAGAGCACUCGGAGAACAGAGCCCCUGCUGUGGCAGGGACAAGACGGCUUCCCAGAGGAUGGAGCUGAAGAUGGGCUCUCUGAGAGCUUCCAGCUUCUGCAGAUGGAUGUGGAGUGCCAGCACCAAGAGGAAGAGGCCUGCCCUGCAAACAAUGCCACAUGGGGCUCGAAAAAUGUGCAGAGAAAACAGAGACACUGGGAAAGGAUAGUCUCCUCGAAGAAGAGCAAAAGGAAGGAGGAAAAAGAAAGAAGAAAAGUCAAGCGUGCAGAACACCCAGGCACCUGCCCCCAACACAGCAAACGUUUUUUGAAAGCCUUAACCAAAGAGAGACUUUUGGAAGCCAAACACUCAGGACCAAGACUCUGUGUUGACUUGAGCAUGACCCACCACAUGUCCAAGAAGGAAUUGAGUAGGCUGGCGGGACAGAUUCGAAGGUUAUAUGGGUCAAACAAAAAAGCCAGCAGGCCCUUUUGGAUCUGCCUCACUGGAUUCUCAACUGACAGUCCCCUCUAUGAAGAGUGUGUGAGGAUGAAUGAUGGAUUUUCUGCAUACUUGCUGGAUGUAACAGAAGAAGACUGCUUUAGUUUAUUUCCUCUGGAAACCCUUGUGUACCUGACUCCCGACUCAGAACACGCCCUGGAAGACAUUGAUCCAAAUACAGUUUACAUCAUUGGUGGACUUGUAGAUGAAAGCAUUCAGAAGAAGUUGACAUUUCAAAAAGCUCGAGACUACUCUGUGAAGACAGCCCGCUUGCCGAUCCAGGAAUACAUGGUCAGGCGUCAGAAUGAGAAAAACUACCAUUCAGAAGUACUGGCCAUCAAUCAAGUGUUUGAUAUCCUGUCCACUUACUUUGAGACUCACAGCUGGCCCGAAGCAUUGAAGAAAGGAGUUUCUCCGGGAAAAGGCUACAUUCUUCGGAAUGCAGUGGAAUGAUGGGCAGUCCGUAGUUCCAGCUGUAGUGCGUAAAGGACCAAAGGUGUCUUGACCCAAGGACAGGGCAAAGGGUGGCAGUGGCACACUUGCCUUUACGUGCCAUCAAGGAUCUUUGAAAGCCUUUAAUGGCAAGGCCCACAUUUUAGGCUUUGGGUCACCUACAAUGCCUGGCUCUCUGGAAAUACCCAAGUAAAACAUAAUAUUGUUUAAAAAAAAAGUAUGUAUUAAGGAAUUGUCAAAGUACAUGGCAUUUUGGAUGCUGCUAAUCCAUGUUUUGUAUAUUUAUCUAUUUGUGAAAGUCUACUUUUAGAGCUGUUUGUCAGAAAUUUUCACUGAACUUCAUAAAUUACUUUUCUCUCA